AUGGAUUGUGGGCGGCUCGGCCGGGCGCUGACCGUCAGCUCUCUCCAGUGCUUUAGCCGUCCUCUCCGUACCCCCUUGGGCCCGCCGGCGUCGUCUUCUCUUCUUAUCAAGCAGCAGCAAUCGCAAGUCGCCAACCGGACGGUCCAAGCAGAUUUGCCAACCGAUGAUGGGUUGAUGCCGAGGCGAUGGCUUCGGCUAUCGCACGGGGACCCUCGCUUUCUUGCUCUGAUGGGUACUUCGUACGAGAGCCGAGUCAAAUUGGCCCCGGAUACCGAGCGGCGCCGCGCCUCCACUGGGGAAAUUGGGAAGUCGGGGGCAGAAAGUCAUGAUAAGCACGUGGGCGAUGGCGAGGUCUGAUUUGGUUCGGUCAGUCCACCUCGUGCGCCGCUGCUGAGUAGGGAAAGGUAAUCGAGGCCAUCGAAAGUCGACC